AAGAAGAAGAAGGGGACGAGGUGAUUGGCACGUGAGGCGUAGUACACUCUAAACGCAUACCCACAUGUGGUGUUGCAAUUCAUUUACGUCUCCAAUCCAACUCUCUUUUUUUUUGGCUCCUCAGGUGUUGGUUGUUUGGAUCUCAUUUCACUUUCCUCCCUCUGUUGUUCUUUGGAGUAGUGCUCGGCCUGUUUAGAUCCCUUGUCUUUGUGCUUGUCCGUUGCUUUUCGAGCUCGUCUUAAUCCCUUGAAGUCGUGGUACUAAUGCAUCGUAUUAAGAUGUUGUAAUUGCUUGAUCUUACACUACAUUAGGUGAUGGAUUCCAUCAGAUCCUGUCUGCUUGAUUUGACAACGGACACGAAAGCCGCCGUGAUGGCUUUCCCUUCUCGCUACAAGUUUCCUGCUUAGGGCUUUCUUUCCUCCCCUUCCCUCUCCUCUCUGAUCUAUUCUCAAGAGACCUGUAUUCUUAGAAAAUUAAGUUCAAGAAAUCUUCCUUUUAUUUGAUUGCCAGCUUUCCUUUUUUUUUUUCCCUUUUUGUUGUUAUUCUACUUUUGAUAGGUCUACUAGUGAGGCAUGGAGGAAUUCUCUCACCCAGGUGACAGUGGUGGUCGUGGCACCUCCGGGGGUGCUCUCCUAUACCUCCCGUCAUCAGCUACCACCGCCUGCACUACUUCAGCUCCUCCGCCGACGAGGACCACCGUGUACGAGCAGGGCUACUACUACACCACCACCUCCCAGCCUUACCUCCAAACACCACCACUUAAAACUGAAGCUGGCUCAUCUCGAGCACAAAAGAGAGCUAUACAAACACAAGAGCAAGGAGAGAUCUCUCAGAAUGAUAUGGAGGAGAUCAAGGCAAAGAUCAUGUCGCAUCCUCAGUACUCUACCCUUGUCGGAGCCUUUAUGGACUGCCAAAAGGUGGGAGCACCACCGGAGGUGGUGACGAGGCUCUCCGCCAUCGUCCACGACGUCUCGCCAGGGCCGGGCUGCCAUAACGACGGUUCUCCUGACCCGGAUCUCGACCAGUUCAUGGAAUCAUACUGUGAUAUGCUCGUCAAGUACCGGCAAGAGCUAACGAAGCCACUGCAAGAGGCCACAAACUUCCUCAAGAAGAUGGAGUCACAGUUUAAUGCGCUCACCGACAGUUCCACUCGCGGCCUCUUUCCCUCUGAUGAAAUAUGUGAAGGUGUUGGUUCCUCUGAAGAGGAUCAGGAUGCCGGUGGAGGAGAAGCAGAUCUUCCAGAGGUUGACCCACACGCAGAGGACAAAGAGCUGAAGCACCACCUUUUGAAGAAGUAUGGUGGCUAUUUAAGCACCCUCAGGAAAGAGCUGUCCAAGAAGAAGAAGAAAGAAAAGCUGCCAAAGGAUGCCCGGCAGAAGCUGCUCAACUGGUGGGAGCUGCACUACAAAUGGCCAUAUCCAUCUGAAACCGAGAAGAUGGCGUUGGCGGAAUCUACAGGUCUUGAUCAGAAGCAAAUCAACAACUGGUUUAUAAACCAAAGAAAGAGGCAUUGGAAACCAUCCGAGGACAUGCAGUUCGUCGUGAUGGAUGGUUUCCAUCCACGCAAUGCUUCUUCUGCUUCAGCUCUCUUCAUGGAUGGGCAAUUCAUGGUCGACGGCAUGUUCCGUUUCGGUCCGUGAUGUACGAUCAUCUACAACUAGUUUUCAGGUUCAGAUCAUGAAAGUCUUGUCUCCCUUAGUAAGUGCUGAAUUCAAAGUAUAAGAAGCAAUUGUAGUGAUACUAGAUUCAUCAGGAUUCUUGUUGCAACAUGUAACUUUUCUGGGUUAGUCUUCUUUCUAUGUAUUCAUGGGUUCUAUUGUGGGAUUGAAUUGUAGGUAUAUAAUGUAAACAAAUUGAUAUGGUUUGGACUUUUCUCUGUAAUUUUAAGCUGCUUAAAGUUUCUUAUUUCUGCUGAUCAAA